GACCGGGGACCAGGGCGAGCGGGGCCCGCACGAGGGGAGGGAGGGGGUGUGGAAUUUCGGGGACCACUGAAUCCCCGGGGAUCGGGAUAUCCCUCGCAACUGCGGAUAUCGCCGCUACCCCCCCCCCCCCACUGCUUCCACCCCACCCACUUCCUCACAGAGCGAGCGGGAUCGACGCGGACGCUUUGUCGCGCGGUUUGCGCACGGUCGCUGUCGGUUGCUGUUCGCCUGACUUUGUGUACACCUCGCCAAUUGUGUGCAACAAGAAGAAACAAAACCGACGGGAGGGGCGGAGGGGGGCGAGGUUACAAAUCUCGGGACCGAAACAACUCGACGAGUGAGAAACGGCGCGCACCGCGCGUGCUCGUUCGCGCUACGUAUCGAGCGCUCGCGCGCUGUAAUUAAAGCGCCGUUAAGUGGCCUCGCGCACCUUGACUUGGCCCAGGCACCCAGCUGAUACCCACCCUUCGCUGGAGCGCCUUCAUCACCAUCCUUGCCAUAUACAUUUUCUGCGCGUUCGUGUCGCCGGGCAAAGCGUGCGGGGUGUUGGGUGGGGGAGGAGGAAGGGGCGGUGGGGGUGGAGAGGUGUCGACGAAAAAUACCGAAAUCACGCUUUCGGUUUCAGUCGAUUGUUGUCGGUUAUAUAUAUAUUUUUUAUGCGUUUAGCGGCGGCGGUAACAAUCAAACAAAAAAUUCCCCCGGCAAAAAAAAAACAACCCCACCACCACCACAAAACAGAAGAAGGGGAAGAAGAAGAAGAAAAAUAAAUCAAACGAUUAAAAAAAACGGAUGAGAGAGAGAGAGAAGCGCGCAGGGCUUGAAAAGAGGGAAUCGGCUGCAUCACGAGCAGCAGUUGCAUCAGCAGCAGCAUCAGCAGCAGAAGAAGAGGCGGGUUUGCCAUCCGCACUCAGCCGGCGCUGCCGCGCUCUGUGCUGUCUGGUCGUGCCAUGUAAAAAAAAAAAUUCCUCUCCCACCCUCGUCACCUCCCCUCUCAUUGGCUCGCCGCCGGUCAGCUGACCGCUCCCCGCUCUCGAUUUUCUGGCGCAGGGCCAUGCCGAGACACUUCAUUUUGCGAAGAAGUGGAAAAAAAACUAUAACUUAAACCCCAGACUUGUGGGGAAAGCUUGCAAAUAUUUAAGCACCCGCCCGCCAGCCCGCGGGAGCCGAGCGACAUGAGCUCCUAUUUCGUGAACUCGGCCUUUUCCGAAAGUUUAGCGGGGUCCGCCUCACAAGAGCUCUACCCCGAGCAAGCGUCCGCCCUCUACCCGCUCGGAUACGAGCAUCUGCGGCACUUCCCAGCCCCGUACGGCCCGGCGACGCUUCCCAACAGGACCUACCCCGCGUCCCAUCACGCCUACUACCCGUCCCAAGCCAACUGCUCGUUCGGCGCGAGCCGGGCAGCCUACGACUACAGCUACGCCGGCUACUACCGUGACAAGGAGGCCGUGGGAGGGCUUGCGGCGCUCGCCGGAGAGACCUCGCUGCCACUCGCGCUGCCCGGCCACGAGGGUAAAGAGGAGGCGGCCACGCAGGCCCGCGUCGGUGGUGCGCACUCGCUCUCGUCGCCGUCGCCCUACGAGCACAAGCAGACGGUGCCCAUCUACCCGUGGAUGCAGCGCAUGAACUCGCACAAUGGGCUGGGGCUUGGCACAGACCGGCGACGCGGCCGCCAGACCUACUCGCGCUACCAGACGCUGGAGCUGGAGAAGGAGUUCCACUUCAACCGCUACCUCACCCGCCGGCGCCGCAUCGAGAUCGCGCACGCGCUCUGCCUCACCGAGCGCCAGAUCAAGAUCUGGUUCCAGAAUCGGCGCAUGAAGUGGAAGAAGGAGCACAAUAUCCCGAGCCUCUCGAAGGAGGAGUGCGAGGCGGCUGCGGCGGUGGCGGCGGCCGCGUCGGAGGGCACGCCGAGUGCGUGACUUGCACCGGGCCGGGACUUCAGGACUUUGCAUUUUUACAACGAUACAAACAAAAAUAUAUGAAAGAAAAAAAAUCACACGCACACGCGCACACGCGCACAAAACAACAAAUCUUCCGCGCAGUUAAGUGUGUCAUUAAAACAAACGUAAACUAUGUUGUGCACUAUAAUUACAACCAUGGUAAAAUAUUUUCUUGUUUGAUAUUAUUAUUAUAAUUAUUGUACACGUAAAUAUUUUUUUUUACAAUUGUGUCCAUUUUGCUGUCCUUAUAUCAAUGUGUACAAAAGAUGUCGCAUAUUUUGUUUGAAAUAGUGGCCGUAUGUCCAUAUACACGAUCGCCUAUGUAUAAUUGGAAGUAGUUAAAUGGAACGUGUUCACAUAUUCUUGAAAUCGAUGUCUGUAAAAAAGAGAGCAUUUGUAAAUGUAUUGUAAAAUCGUCGUGUGAUUUACGUAUCUUUAGUGUUACAAUGCUAUCACUUAGUGGUAUUAAUGUAUCUGAAAUAAAAUUAUUCCAUGUGAACUGCA